AUGCUUGAUGGGCGUAUCAAGGCAGUACCGUUUGAACAUGCAGGAAAUAAAGUCACCGUGAACACAGUGCCACCAGUAUUCAACGCAACUGCUUCUCCAUUGGCACUAAUACCACUCCAGCCAACCUUGUUUCACUGCUUCGCUAUCUGGGGAUUUUCACGUCCGCAGCGGAGCUCUCCUUUGGAGCAUCAGAUGGUAUUGAGGCUGAUCAAUGGACUGGGAGUAUACUUGGGAACAUUGUACGUCGCCCAUGGCUUCUAUGCGAGCCUGGAACAUGGCGGAUACCUCCUAGUCGACGGCCACCAGAGUGAGCGCCUUGCGCAGCACGAAGCCGGGAUACGACAUUACUUCGCAAGCCUGUUGCCAGCCAAAGCAUUCGUCCGCUGCCUCUUGGACCACAGCAUCCUCUGUUUACGACCCAAAAGCUUGAUUUGGCAACGCAUUAAUGAUGGGGCUAGACAGUUGAUCCUGGUAAUGGCGAGGGCUUUCCCGUCCCACAGGGUACAUGUCAAGACCCGAGUAACAGGUGUGUCUCAGUCGACAGAGGAGCGUUUUGUGCUUAGUACCUCUGAUGGACAAAAGGCGCAAUUUGACCACCUUAUUUUCGCCAUUUCUGCCGAUGGAAUCCAGCACAUUUUGGGUGUAACUCCCACUAUCGGGGAGACUGAGAUUUUACAAAAGUUGCGAACAGCAAGACAUAUCAUGUUUUUUGCAUUCGGAUCCAUCUACCCACCUGACAUAACCCCCAGGACAUGUCUCACCUGCGUCAUGAAUGAGGGGCAGAAUCUUUCAAUACAGCACUUCGAUCUAGUCCUCAUCACUCUGGAUCCGUUCGCUCCGCCACAUCCUCUCCUUGUCGCAGAAGUGUGGGAGUUCACUGAUCUGGGGAUCUGCACUGACACUCUCCAGGUUCUAAGCUCUCUUCCUGCCAUUCAGAGCAAACGAGAGCUCAGCUUCUGCUUCUCAUGGACAGGCCAUGGGGUUCUUGAGGACGCAGUUACCUCUGGCCUUACGGUUGCCGUUGAGCAUCUCGAUGCGAAAGUACCCUUUGCCUUUGAGCAUCAUCCGGACAUCUCGGAUGUGACAGAGCUACCACAGUUGCAUUUAAGUCUGGCAGAUCAUCUCAUUCGGACACUACUCAGUCUAUUCCGUGUCUACGUCCUUGUCAUUGAAAUUUCCCUCAUCCUUCUGGGUGCUUUGCGAGGCUCACUGAAGAAUAGAAUGUGUCUACCAAGAAGUGAAAGGCCUUUUGUUCUUGUCGAGCUUGGAUAG